AUGAGUCAAUUACUGAGAAUAUUGGAGAUACGAGAUGUACUAUCAGAGGAUAAUGUACUACCUUUAAAGGAAAUAGCUAGACGUUUAAACAAUAAUGAGCUGUUAAAAAGAAUAAACAGCUAUGAAACUAACCAUAUAGAAAGAGAAUAUAAAAAUUACUACUCUAUAGAUAAUACAGACAAUACAAAGAAUGAUUUUAAAGAAGCUUAUAAUUAUGCCCACCCCUACGCUAAUAUCAGCAUAACUAAAAGAAAUAGAAUUAAUAACCAAAUUGUGGAAGGAAUUGGAAGUUUUUGGCGAGCGCUUGGACGAAAUCUUAAAAUACCAGAAGGCAAAAUAGAUGACAUUGAUCUGAAACAUCAAUAUGUGGCUGAUAAGGUUUUGGAGUUACUGGAUAUAUAUUACAACCAAAAAGCAGAUCCCCAAAGAUGGUUUUUUGACCUUUGUAAUGCUUUAGAAAAAGCCAGAAGAAAAGAUAUAAGCAAAUCACUGCAAAAUAUAAUGGCAAUGAACAUUUAA